AAAAACUUUUCCUUUCAAAUUCUUUUUAAAAUGUCGAAUGCAGAAACCGAUUCUUCAUGUAGUAAUGAUUCGGAUGAUUCUGAGACCGAUUAUUUACCUGAAUACCUGUUGGAAGUUGAAGGUCAACAAGACGAUCUUGAACAACAAGACACUUCUGCGUCGACAAGGAAAGGGCUAACAGCUGUCGAUUAUUGCGAUGUUUUUCAACCAUAUACCGAUGAGCCGAUUGCAAGCGAGGAAUGGCUUGAAGAAUAUAGAAGUCAGCAAGAAAUUCAACAAGAAUUUGAACGUAAACUGCAGAGUCGAUCUGAUGAAAUGGAAGAUGUAAAGUUGUGGUGCAAGUGUGGAAAUUGCCAAACCGAGUAUCUUCAAAAUCCAAACRAAUACCAGUGCUGUCUGGAAAUCGAAGAAUGUGUUGAAUCGCUUUCUAGCGACAUAGUUCGAGAAGAAUGUCUUGAAAUUCCAGACUGCAUCACUCUUCAUCCUGGUUUUGAGCAAGUUUGCCUUUCUAAAUGGAGUUUAAGAUUAGCAGCCGACAAAUACAAGACAAAAGUUAAUAGUAGAUACAGUCAGACUGGAUCAGAGGAAAGGUUCCUGCGUAGUAUUGCAUAUAGGGAAUUCACACGCCUUGUCCAUGGUUACUUGGGUGGAAGAAGAAUACCUUUGCCAGCUUGUGCAUAUAACAAAAUUAGAGAAAAAUUUAAUGACAAUGAAUACAUUGGAUUUGAAGUUGAGGAGAAUGAUGAAUAAAUAUUDCAUGUCAAUUAUAAUCAUCUCUAUCA